CGCCGUUGAAUAAUAAUACGGAAUAACGACUCUCAGCUCACUCCAGGAAGUCUUGUCGAUCCGAGAUGGAAUAGGGCAGAAGCUCUAUCGAGAUUGUUCUGCUCCUCUUCGCGCCGUCGUUGAGCGGUAUCUCCAUCCAUCGGCCUCUCUGACCGCCCCGGCUCAUGUCCUAUCAAUUCUAACUCUGUCGCCACUAUCUACCUAAUCGACGAUGGCAGACGACGCAGAGCUCGAGUCUUUCAGACGCCAAUGGCGCGAGGAGGUUUCGCACCGGACAAGGCAACAGACGAAGCAGCAACCCCAAGACCAGGCAGCCCCGUCUUCGGAACGGUUUCCCCCAACACGGCAUGAAGCAUCGGACCGCAAGGAGGAUGACCUGCUGGAAGAGGAUUCCCGAUCGCACUCCUAUGCAGAGUUUGUUCAGAAAGUCGAAAAAUUGAGUCUAGGAAGGGAAGAUGAGGACGGUUUCCAGUCACUGCCUCAGAAGGAACCAAGCUCUGCCCUGGAGCACUUUGAGAAGGCAGUGGAGAAGGAGGCUGAAGGAAGUUUGGGAGACAGUCUAAGUCAUUAUCGCAAGGCAUAUAGGCUUGACUCCAGCGUCGACAAGACGUACCGGAAGAAGCAUUUCGGCCAUGCCUGGAAGCCAACGCAGCCUGCUGCUUCCCAAGCUCCAGUCGUCCCAGAGUCAUCGUCGGUGACACAAGAGGACGGCAAUCCCCUGCCUACUCCUGAGCUGAUUGCUUCGUUCGCAAACCUGAAAAUUCCACAGGCAGAACCGCUUAUUGAGAACACUCCACCACCACCGUGCCCUAUCUCCGAGGUCCCCUCUGAGGUCAUCGUGGAAAUCUUAAGACACGUUGCGCUGAUGGAUCCUGCCUUACUGCCCCGCCUUGCCCUGGUAUGCAAGCGGCUUGCCUACCAUGUUGCCCACGAGCAACAUAUCUGGAAGAGACUGUGCCAGGGGCCAGAGUUUGGAUUUGAGAGCAUGCACUACUCUUUUGCUUGUGAUGUUGCGGGAAACCCGGUCCACACGCUUGGGACACGCUACACUCCAUUCCCUCGAGACCGCCCUGUCGAGAUUCCGAAGCCACUGUCAACGUGGAGUCAAGUUUUCCAGACAUUUCCCAGGAUCAGGUUUACUGGAGUGUACAUUAGCACCGUCAAUUACACACGACCUGGAGCAGCGUCCGCCUACUCGACGGUGUCUUGGAACACUCCGAUCCAUAUUGUGACCUAUUAUCGAUACCUUCGCUUCUACCGCGACGGAACGGUUAUUUCCUUGCUGAGCACGACCGAGCCUGUUGAUGUGGUUCCUCAUAUCAGCAAGGAGAACGUGAUAUCCGCCCGAGCAGCCGCUUCCCACCAGCGCCAUCAGAGGCAUAUUUCCGAUUCUGGGAACACACUAUCUGGAGAUGCUGCCACCAAUCCAGUGCCCCCUACGGCGAUGGCGACUCUGAAAUACGCUCUACGUGGCAGGUGGCAUUUGACACCCCCAACUCAAACUGCAUCCGAAGAUACAGAUACCGGUGAACCGUCAAGAUCCAGGCCUAGUGCUCACUCGCACAAAGCCGGUCAGACGACUGGCAUCGGUCACGAUCCGCGCGAUCUCGUUAUUGAAACAGAAGGCGUAGACCCAAAAUACACGUAUAUGAUGCAUUUAUCCCUUCGCUCUCCAACUGCUUCCCGCCCUGGCGGUCCGAACCAGGCACCUUCUAACGUCUCCAAGAACACAAAACUGAUAUGGAAAGGGUUCUGGAGUUACAACAAGUUGACAGACGACUGGGCCGAAUUCGGACUGCGGAAUGACCGAGCGUUUGUCUUUAGACGUGUCCGUGGCUGGGGACUGGACAAUAAGUAGUUGGUGAGGCGCUGCUAGUUAUAUAUGAGUACAUACGCAUAAAGAUGUAAGUAUGUUGAGGCAGUCGGUCACGUACAGUCAAUGACGUCUGGAGACCUCGAGCCGCACAUAUAAAUAUGGCCUGUGCAUAUUCCACCAAGUAGCUACAUAUACUGCCUGGACGGAGAGGAAAACAACAUGAUUGCACGAUAAAGAAUGAUUCUAAGAUUAGAUACUAGAUUAACGAAGAUCAGUUUCGAG